AUGGCAAACGAUGCCGUUUUCAGGUCUUCACUUGUUUGGUUAGCAGUGGUAAUAGUGGUAGUUGGACUAUGUACUCAGUCCUUGAAGAAGAUGACGUUAACGUACGUGGUUGGUGUGCUGGGAAUUGCUGGGCUGCUUUUGCCUGAUUUGGCUUACUUUGACCGCGACUUCUCCCGGUGGACCUCUCCGGUUUCAUUCGAGGAAAGAGCCUCUGAAAUUGCUCAAAGAUCUGGACUAAUAACAAGAUUUAAAAAGUAUCCUCUGAGAUUGGUUGCUUAUGCCACAGUUUAUGGGUUUGCUCUGUACAAGUGUAUAGGUUUUUUUUUUUUAAAUGGAUCAGCUGGUGGCUUCGCCACGACAGUUCAUCCUCCCGAAUUCGAGAAGAUUCACAUAGAUGGAAUCAAGAGUAUUUCAGUUGCAGGUUGA